AUGAAACCUAACUUGAAGCAAUGGAAACAACUCAUGCUGUUUGGGAUCUUUGCAUGGGGUCUGCUUUUUCUGGUGAUAUUCAUCUAUUUUACAGAUAGCAACACUGCUGACCCAGUUCCGAGUUCCUUUUCAUACGUUGAAACUAAGAGGCUUCUGCCCCUUCAGGGCAAGCAGAGAGUCAUCAUGGGAGCCAUACACGAUCUGUCGUUCUCUGAAACCAUCGAUGGGAAUGAGGUACUUCUUAAUGAAGAUCUCUUAGGUACAUUUAAAUCUGGGACUGGAAGUAUUAAGAAAUGGACUGAUUUGGAAGAUGCCUUUAGAAAUGAAGAUGAGUUUUUUCCAUCCCAGAUAGGAAGAAAAUCAAAAAGUGCUUUCUACCAAGUGAAUGAUGAUUAUUUAUUUGCUGCUGGUCAGCCUCGGUCUCACAACCACCUUCAAGAGACAGCAAAAUUCAUCUCAGCCGAUGAGGAUAGUCCAAAAGUAAGUAUUUUACAGAACGACUGGAGCCGUCAGAGAAGAAUGAGGAGAAGGAGCACAAAGCACAGGAGACGCCAGAUGCUUGAUGAAUCUGAUGACUGGGAUGGGCUGUAUUCCACAAUGUCGAAAUCCUUUCUUUACAAGCUUUGGAAAGGGGAUGUCUCUUCCAAGAUGCUAAACCCUCGACUGCAGAAGGCGAUGAAAGAUUAUUUGAGCACCAAUAAGCAUGGGGUGCGGUUCAAGGGGAAACGGAACUCCAAGUUGACAGGAGACCAGCUAUUCUGCGAGCUAAAAGAAAGGGUGAAUGUGAAGACAAUAGAUGGCAAGGAGGCUCCCUUCUCCACUCUUGGAUGGGAAAAGCAUGUUCCUCAAAUUCCACUGGGCAAAUUGUAUACACAUGGCUUUGGGAGCUGUGCCGUAGUUAUGUCUGCUGGUGCAAUACUGAACUCCUCUCUAGGGGAUGAAAUAGAUUCUCAUGAUGCCGUUCUAAGAUUUAAUUCUGCUCCAACACGUGGCUAUGAAAAAGAUGUUGGAAAUAAAACAACGAUGCGGAUCAUUAACUCUCAGAUUCUCACCAACCCAAACCAUCACUUUGUCGACAGCUCCUUGUACAAAGAUGUUAUCUUAGUAGCCUGGGAUCCUGCCCCCUACUCUGCAAAUCUGAAUGUGUGGUAUAAGAAGCCAGAUUACAAUCUGUUCACUCCCUACGUACAGCAUCGCAGGAAGAAUCCAAGCCAGCCAUUUUACAUUCUCCAUCCAAAGUUUAUAUGGCAGCUCUGGGACAUCAUUCAGGAGAACACUAAAGAGAAGAUACAGCCCAACCCUCCUUCUUCAGGUUUUAUUGGUAUCCUCAUCAUGAUGUCCAUGUGUAACGAAGUGCACGUGUACGAAUACAUCCCUUCAGUCCGACAGACCGACCUGUGUCACUACCACGAACUCUACUACGAUGCAGCUUGUACCUUAGGGGCCUACCACCCACUGCUCUAUGAGAAGCUGUUGGUGCAGAGGAUGAACAAAGGUCUGCAGGAUGAUUUGUAUCGGAAGGGGAAAGUCAUUUUGCCAGGGUUCAAAGCUGUCAAGUGCCCCAAACGAAAUAAUUUCCCACACUUGUAGAAGAGAGUCCUUCAGAAACAAUGUGCAAUAAGGUACUACUGUCGUACUAUAAACAAGAAGAGAAUACUUGAAAAACGUAUCUUAGACCAAUCUAGUCUUGAGUCUAUAAAUUGUAAUUAAGUAGCAGGCAUGAGAAAUACUUUUUUUCUGAGCCUGAGUAUUUAUUACUGCUUUGCAAAUAGUUAAAGAAAAUUAAAAAAAAGGCUUAGCUCGUGAGAGGUGCAAGGGACAUACUUAGGCAGAAAUAUAAUGUAUUGUUGUGGGUGUGACUGUCAGAAUUUGUCAGUGGUCUCUUAUGCCACAUAUGCUAGACUGUAACUUUCUUUUUAAAUGAACUUAUUUAACUGUUAAAUGUGGCAUUGCGAAACAGCCUCUAUUGUUCGUGUAUAGAGCGGCCAGUUGAACAAUGCAGCGUUUCUCGUGGCUUCGUGGGAUUUUCACACUCUCCAAGAAUGAAGUAAUUGCUACUCCGAGCUGCACAGUCGUUGACUAGAGUAGACUUCAAUUCCCGUUCACACGCAGGCUCAGUUACAGACCUCCAGCUGUACGGGGCCUUCAUGGUGGCUAUGGCGCUAGUGCAGGUGGAGAUGGCUGUGCACACAGCUAAACCAGUUAAACUACUGGAUGUACUUUUGAUGCCAGACACCCAUGCUCACACUGACUGCACAGGGCAGAGGGAAA